UCUCCUCUACCUGGCAGCAUCCUACCAUCAACAAGAGUAAACAUUUGUAGAGGAAAUUGUAUCAGUGUUGAAAUCAGCCAAAAGCAAGCCAACUCGGGAAUCUGAAAUCACGCAAAUAUGUUACCAGGGUACAGUUUGUCGAAGCAUGGCCGAUAAUGUGCUUAGUUUAGAUGACAUAAUCAAGAAAUCCAAAAUUUCAGCAAUGAAAGGCCGCGGGUCGAGAAGAGGCAUCAACCGAGGUACUCUACGAACUAACGUAUCUUCGAGAGGUCGAGGAGGGCCGGUCAUUGCGGAUGCUAGAUUCAAAAUCAUCCAAAAGAAUCGUGAGAAACUCACUGAUGCUCGAGAUAAACUAGCUCAAAUAGCCAAGCAGUCUGAUGCCAGGUUGAAGUUGGACAAAUUACGUGCCACUCAUUUGAAAACUGUCGAUUUACCUCUCAGUGGAAUUUCUCGUCAAACGGGCCUCAAUGGUCGAAUUACAUUGACGACCAAUAAGCUUCAUAAUAAAACGAUGCACCCGAUUCCGGCUACAAAUUAUUUGGCGCCAGGUUCUAGAGCUAUGGAGUACAGGGCACCGCCCAUGGUCGAAACUUCAUACGCUGAUGAUAUGGAAAUGAACUUCAAUGAUGAUUACAUGAUGGAUUCAACACCUCUAAGGCGGACUGUCAACAAUGAAUAUGUGCCUGUGCCACCUCCACCACCACCUUCAUUCAACUUAUCCCCGACCAAUGAAUACACUUGGGUGAAGCUGCCUGGUAGUAGUCUUGGAAGGAUGGGUUCUUCUAGACCAGUUGAGGUUCAGAGACCACGUGACUUUAAAAUUGUGGCUCGUACUUCAAUGGGUAAACCAAUGGUUACUUCAAAGAGCGAUUGGAGUUUUGGAUCAAAAGCAAGAACCAUAUUGACCGAAGAUACUAUAAAUGACAGAUACCUGGACAUCAGGGGUCGUAGAGACGUUGGUGUUAAAUCGCGACUGGAUUCAUUACCAAAUAAACCUCGAACCAUGGGUAUUUUAUCUCGUCCAAAGUCUAGCUCAAAUUCGACGUCAGUAACGACUGGUUAUCGAAUCGUUGUAUCAAAUCUCCAGGCCAAUGUAACUCAGGAGGAUAUAAAGGAACUGUUCGAGGACGUCGGAGAAUUGUUGGUGUCCAGGUUAGUGCGCCCAGGCACAGCUGAGGUGAUUUACAAGACAUUAAAAGAUGCAACGAAAGCGGUGGAAACUUAUCACAAUCGGCAACUGGAUGGACAUCCUAUGAAAUGUUUAUUAGUUAAUCCACGACCAAAAAAUAAUCCAACUGGUCCAGCAGUUAGGCCAUUGCCCGAAACAAGACGGAGUGCGAGUUCAAGUUAUGUGCAGCCUAGUCUUGGCGCAGUCCAUCGUGCACUAUUUGAUGACUGAACAAUAAACUACAUAUUUGAAGCAUCAUGAAUUCGAUACAAAAUAUAUUUAUAAUUCAUGAAUUACGCAUACACCAAUUCGGUAUACAAAUGAUGUUAAAGCGCAUCACUGCUGCGACGCAUCGCAAUGAUUGUGAUUGAAAAAUUUUAUUACUUCAUGCCUCGUGAUUGUUAGAAGUAUGAAAUACUAAUGAGUAUUGAACACUUGAAUAUAAACUCGAACAAAGGGAUAAAAGACUUUGAACGAAGAUAGAAGAUGAAACUGCUCUUAGUAGUUGGUAUAACUUCAUACCAUCCUCGACUCAUGAACCGAUCAACAUCGAUUCAUCAUUCAUUUCACAUUUAACGAUUACUAUGUUGAAAGCUAGGUAUACAUUACUGUACGUCACGCCUGUAGCGAUUGUACAAUAAAAAUGCAUAACAUAA